AUGCAAAAGGUGACAUCUAAGCUGCCGUCCUGGGACACCACCAAGACCACAAGCAAGAAGGGCUUUGACAAGGUCUGGGGUUGGGCGGAUAAGCUCGGAGCACCCGUGAAUCGGCUUUCCAAUCGCAUUGGCAGCGAAGCGUUUUGGCCUACGACGCUGGACAAGGAAAGCGACAAAGCCGCAAGAAUUUUGAGAUCAUUUUGCAAGGAUGGUUUCUAUACGGAAGAAGAGCGACCGGCUGAUGAUGCCGGCCCGAAGCGGAAGCAACGAGUUAUCAAGAAGAUUCCUCAAAAAGUAAUAGAGAAUGCUGUUGGUCUCGCCAUCUUUACAACUAUGCGCACCGGUCUGUGGAUAUCCGGAGCUGGCGGUUCUGGAGUCCUAGUUGCCCGACAGGAAGAUGGAUCAUGGUCACCCCCUUCGGGCAUUAUGCUCCACACAGCCGGUUUAGGAUUCCUUGUUGGUGUUGACAUAUACGACUGCGUGCUGGUGAUCAACAAUCCCAAGGCCCUUGAGGCAUUCACCAAGAUCCGAGCCACUCUUGGUGGAGAGAUCAGUGCAGUCGCCGGACCUGUCGGCAUGGGUGGAGUUCUCGAAAACGACGGCAAGUGGAAGCAGGCAAACAGGCCGGUGUUCACAUACCUCAAAUCCCGUGGCUUCUAUGCAGGUGUCCAGGUCGACGGUACGGUUGUGAUUGAGCGCACUGACGAAAACGCCCGCUUCUAUGGAGAGACGAUAGGUGUUGCCGACAUUUUGGCUGGAAAAGUUCGACAUCGACCUCCGGAGCUUAAAAUGCUGAUGGAGACGUUAAAGGCCGCUGAAGGUCGAUCUGAUGUUGACGAAGAGCUCAUGGAGGAGCUCGAAGGACAGCCAGCACCAGGUGACGUCAAUGUCGAGGCUCCCAGCGAUGGAAAACUAUUCGGCAUUCCCGAACCUGACGAUCCAGAUCCCUAUGGCUUCUUGGCACUACAAAAGGAGGGACUGGAUAUCGUGGAAGCUGGCACUCGCUCGAGACCAUCAAGCCGCCAGUUCGAAUAUCAUCCAAGCCCAACUAGUCCAGUAUGGAGUUCUGAUCGACACUACGAGUCGUCCGAUGCUGGCACACAAACAGAUGAAGUCAUUACUCCAAUCACAAGCCCCGUCAUCAACGGCUUCGGGCACUCAAACCUUUACGAUGAGAACGGCGACUUUUAUAACGCGGUCAACGAUAGUCCCUGGAGUUCAAAGGGCCGCAAAAACAGCAUACACCGCGACUGGGGCAGAGACGACAGCCUUACCUUUUUCAGCGAAGACGACGAGAAAUCGGAAGCGGCGUUCUUGUCUCCCUCCGAUCUACGAUCACAAUCCAUCAGCGCUCCUCCAGUUGAUGCUGUAGUCACUCCCGCCCGCGUGCCACCUCCCCUUCCGCCGAGGAAUAUCUCCCGGCCUCUCAAACCUGAGUUUGAGGAAGUAGAUCUGAAGGCCGUCGAAGUUGCGAGCCACGAGGAAGCUCUUUCGUCCGCUCCCCAUUCGGAAUUUACCGCCAAAGAGACAGAAGGCAGCAUCAGUGAAGCAACGUCGGUUUCACCCAGGGAAACGCCACUUGGAAAGGAGGACGAGCACUUUGCUUUGCCACACGAAACCUCCAAUACUCUCUUCGAUUCUGAUUCACACUCGCUUGAGAUUAACGCUCGGGACGAGGGUGAGAGAUUCCACAGCCUCCCUGGCAGUCCUCGCAAGUCUGGUGAAUAA